AUGGCCACCAACCUGGAGAGCAUGAUCCCAGAGGCAUACAAUGCUUAUAUUGAAGACAUGCGGAGACGGGAAUAUCCUAUGCUGAAGGACUCCCUCUACCUCGACCAUGCCGGUACUACACUUUACAGCAAGACCGCCAUGGAGCGCUUCCACGCUGACAUGAUGGCCAAUCUCUAUGGGAACCCCCACUCGGCAUCUUCGUCCAGCCAACGAUCCACGCAAGACAUUGAGGCUAUCCGUCUACAGGCUCUCCGAUACUUCGAUGCUGAUCCGGAGCAUUUUGACCUUGUAUUUACUGCCAACACGACUGCUGCUAUCAAGCUGGUCAUGGAGGCAUUCCGAGAGCAGCAACAGCGUUUCUGGUAUGGCUAUCACGUGGACUCGCACACGAGUCUUGUUGGCGUUCGGGAAGUUGUAACGAGUCAUCGAUGCUUUGAGUCAGAUCGGCAUGUUCGAGAGUGGAUAGAGGAGGUGCAUGAUCGUGAGAUGGAUCAGCCACACCUCCUUGCUUUCCCUGCUCAGUCGAAUAUGAAUGGUCGAAGACUGCCGUUGAAGUGGUCAAGUCAACUCAGCUCGGUCGACAAUGUGUACACGCUGCUUGAUGCCGCAGCAUAUGCUGCAACGUCACCUCUACGCUUGGACAACAUUGAUACUGCGCCGGACAUCACCGUCUUGAGCUUCACGAAGAUUUUCGGGUUCCCGGACUUGGGCGGCUUGAUCGUCAAGAAGAGUGCUGCACACUUGUUCGAGCGGCGUAAGUACUUUGGAGGUGGCACAGUCGACAUGGUCGUGUGUCUCAAAGAGCAGUGGCACGAGCCAAAAGCUGGCGCUCUUCAUGGUCGGCUAGAGGAUGGUACACUUCCCAUUCACAGCAUACUUGCCUUGAGAUCGGCUAUGCAGGCUCACGCUGAGCUUUUCUCGUCGUUGGACAGAGUUGCUGCUCACACCGCUUGGCUUGCCAAACGGCUCUACACGAAUCUUUCAUCAUUACGACAUGGUAAUGGCAAGCAUGUCUGCAAGAUUUACAUCGACGAAGCAUCUUCUUAUGGCAAUGCGAAUACUCAGGGACCAACCAUAGCUUUCAACCUCAAAGACAGCCGUGGACGUUGGGUUAGUAACUCUGAGAUUGAGCAGCUCGCAUCGAUCCGCGAUAUACACCUACGUACUGGGGGCUUAUGUAACCCAGGUGGUAUCGCGACAUGUCUGGGUCUCGAGCCUUGGGAAAUGAAGGAGAACUUCUCGGCCGGCUUUCGGUGUGGCAGCGAGAACGACAUCAUGAACGGCAAGCCGACUGGCGUGGUGCGCGUCAGCCUCGGAGCAAUGAGCACCUCAUCGGAUGCGUCCCGCUUCAUUGAAUUUGUCGAAGAGUUCUUCGUGGACAAGACAGGCUCUGAAUCGCGGCCUCCUUCGCCACUACUUGUCAACGAUCCGCAAACAGCGUGUUUCUAUGUGGAGAGCCUGACUGUGUACCCGAUCAAAAGCUGCGCCGGAUGGCGGGUACCGUACGAUACGCCAUGGGACAUACAUCGAGAAGGUCUCGCCUGGGAUCGUGAGUGGUGCGUUGUGAAGCAGGUCACAGGCACCGCUUUAAGCCAGAAAGCACAUCCGCGAAUGGCACGUAUUCGACCCUUUCUGGACUUCAGCGAAGGCUUGCUACGUAUCACCGUCACCGGUAGCGAUGAGAGUAUCGCCGUGCCUUUGUCGAGAGAUCCGCAGCACUUCGCGGCAGCUGACUUCAGGAAUGCCGAUGCUACUGUCUGUGGCGAACGGGUCCAAGCACGAAUAUACACAUCUCCAUCAAUCGCAGACUUCUUCACCGAGGCUAUCGGUGUUCCCUGCACACUGGCUCGCUUCCCGGCAGCAAGUCGAACGUCUCCACCAGUACGACACAGCAAAGCACACCUACAACAACCGAGUGCAAAUCUCCCCCGACAGCUUCCGGUCCUACUCAGCAACGAAUCACCAAUUCUAUCCAUCUCUCGCUCCUCCCUCAAUCUACUGAACGAAGUCGUAAAAGCAAAAGGCGGCAAAGCAGCUCAUCCUUCCGUAUUCCGUGCAAACAUUGUGCUUGCCGAAAGUCCACUACUGUCGCCAGGCCAGGAACAGCCAUGGGCAGAAGAUGAUUGGCAAGGUAUGUGCGUCGGUGGCGAAGAUGGAGUCAAUUUUGACUUUCUUGGUGGUUGUCGGCGAUGUCAGAUGGUUUGUGUGGAUCAGGAGAGUGGUGAGAAGAAUCAGGAGCCGUUUGUCACGCUGGCGAAGACGAGGAGGUUUAAAGGCAGGGUUUUGUUUGGUGUGCAUACAAGCUUGGCUCAAGGUGAGGAUGGUGGGCAUGCUAUUAUCAAGGCUGGUGACACUGUUCGGACGUGGACAUGA